UAAAAAAUUGUUCAGGAAAGAACCAAUACAGAGAAGCCGUCGAUUUGCUGCGCAAGAACACCGACACCGCCGCCUCAGAGCUGCCUCUCCCCGCUCCGCCGUCCGAACGCUUCCCAGAACGGUUCCAUGGCGCACCGGAAGCCGGAGGCCAGAGCCCCUCCGCCGCCACCCUUGUGGAGGCAGCAGCGGCUGCGGCCAAGCGGAAGGGCAAGGAGACCGUGGGUCUUUCCCGCCGAGGCUCCUCCGGUGGCAGGCCCCCUCUCUCUCCGCGCGCUGCUUCCGUCUCGAGGUCUAGGGAGCUGAGCUCCGCGGGCGGCAAGGCCCCCCUCUCGCCCCGCCCGAUGUCCCACGCGGAGGUGGUGGCGAGGGCUAAGUGGACGAGGAGUAGGAGAACCAUCGAUAUGGCCGUGGACCAGACAGCCGAGGCGGAUGAGUUGCCGAGUCAAUCGAUGAAGCAGGUGAAGUCUCCAACAACAUGGCCUGGGAAAGUUUACAAGAAAUCACUUUGGAGAAAGGUUUUGGACAGGAUAGGAAAAUCCAGUGGAAAUUACACAAGAGUGGAUCCUCAUGUGAGCUAUCAGACUGUCAAUAUGUCUGGGAUCAUCAGGCAUUACAACCUCAUCGAAAUGGUUGCUCGACAAGUGGAAUGUGGUUCAAAUGCACUGAACUUUUGCCGUGGCUAUUCUGAGUUUAGACCAGUGCAUGGAGAUGGAGAGUGUUUCUACAGGAGCUUCAUAUUUUCCUACCUCGAGCAAGUUCUUCAUAGGCAGGAUACACAUGAGGAACACCGUCUUCUUGCUGCUGUUAAAGGAGUGGCUAGGCAACAUGCGCACCUUGGGUGGGCCUCUGAAUUUUCUAAGAGCCACAAAGCAUUUAAGAAGCUGAUAAAGAAAGUCAUUAGAUGGAAGACACACAGCAGAUGGAAGCAUGGGCCAACUAACAGCUACGGCCAAGAGAAACUUCUUGAGUUCUUUAGCAGUUAUGACAGUACGAACGAAAUUUUUACUUUCCUCAGAUUGGUAGCAGCUAUCUGGAUAUGCUCCCACAGUAAAGAGUUUAAACCACUUGUUCCUGAGCUUAGUGAAGGUUAUACUCUCAUAAACAAACCUGAUGCUCAUUCUAUCCACCUUUUGUCAUUAAAACAGUGGUGCUUUGACGAAGUUAUCCAUCGUAAGGUGUUCACAGAUCAUGUUCAGAUAACAGCAAUAGUCAGGGCGCUUGGGGUGCCACUGCGAGUGGAAUACCUCUUUCAAGAAGCUGGUCCAGACCUCUACACUGUCCACGAUUCCCAUGAAGUUCCUCUGGUGACCCUGCUAUACACGAAUGAGCAUUAUGACAUCUUAUACCGUGAUGAGCGGUGCAGUCAGCAGAUUGCCCAGUUUAAUAAGGGUAAAGCAAAAGUGGUGCAAGCCCUUGUGCCAGCAUCAGCACGAAAUGGAUCUUGUGCAUCUGCCAUGGGCGCCGCUGUUCGAGUGGGCUGGUUAGUAUUCGUAUCAGUCUGCAAUUCAGUUCUCUCCUGGAUUGCAGGCUGCUGCUAUUGCAAACGCCAGCAGCCACAGGCCCCUUCUCCAGAGUUUAGCUGGUUAUCUGUGAUGGGGUCACCAAUCAUUAAUUCUGAUUCAAGCUGUACCAUUUCUGCAUGCACAAUGUGCAUUGAAGCACAACAUAGACUAGCCUUUGAGAGAUUAAACGGGAGAGGAUCCUUCACUUUCAAGGCUAAGGUGCCAGCUGAACCUAAAAAGACUUGCUACAGGACAGGUGUUUGGAACCGUGAGGAUGGGGCCCAUGUUGAGGAGGUUCUUCUAGUUAUUGCUGCAAAAGGGGGUGUACUAACUCAGCGUGUUCCAAACAACAUCAAGCUCCCCAUUGAUGGCUUUUUUACUAUAAAUAUGGAUGAUAUUGGUGGCUAUCAGAUGAUGCGUAUUAUCUAUGCACAUGGUCCAAUCAUUGGAAGCUUAUGGGCUGCAAAUGGAUACUAUGACAGCAUAACUGGUGACCAUGUGUACAGAAGAGUACGAGAGAAGUUCAGGAAGUCAGAGGAUGGUGGCCAACAUGCUGUAGUUUGCUUUGGUUAUAAAUUCAAUAAGAGAGCCAAGGAAUCACAUAUACACAUAAUGGAUAAUCAUACAGAGGACGGACCUUUGAGGUGGAUAGAUUUUUCAGCCUUCGACUAUUUUUUCGUUCCUCUGGUCACGCCUGUUGAACUUCAUCAAUUACACAGAAAGAAAAGGAAAGAAAAUCAGACUAUUGAAGCAUGUGUCACCCGAUGUCUUUCUGCAUGGGAGAAGAGGAUUAUGCUUUGGCUCAUUGCCCGUGAGAUUGAGAGAUAUUAUCGACAUCCAAGGAGAAAAGAUCAUUAUGUGCAGAUUGCCCGGGUUACACCAAUGAGAUGAUAGAAAUAAACUUUUCUAUUAUUAUUGUCUUGAUUCUUGAACAAAUCAAACAUUGUACAUUCUGCUGUAGCUUCAUUAAAGUCUUGAGUUGGUACAUUGAUUAUUUUUUCCUGAUCACAUUCUCUUAUUGUCUUUGUGAUAUAAUAACUUUGCCUUCACCAUUUUGUGCAUAUACAAAGUAAAUCCUACUUCAUGCGGAUUCAGUAAUCAAGGAAGUUGGUCCCAUUCCAUGCGGAUUCUGUAUUAUGUAUGAUCCAUCAGUCUAACAAAGACAGUUUCUUCGUACUCCUCUAUAGACAUGAUUCCAGUGCAUACUACUCACCUCUCGUUACAGGCAGCUGGAGGCAAAGGAGGUUCAGAGUGCAGCAUUAGGAGCUGGACACAUCUCUGAAAAUGUCACUGCUAUAGUUGGAUGUAUUUGUUUUCUGUAGGAUGUAAAAUGGAUAUUGCAUUUCAGCAGCUAUUGUAAUGGGCUCUUGUUGAAAUUUCAGCAGCAAUUGUAAUUGACAGAUAUUGCAUUU